AUGCCUCGUCCACACGUUGGUCAAAAUCAUCCGGCCGUUCAAUGGGUAUCAGCUGGUGCAGGCAGAAUACCUACAAAUGCAUUCCGAGUCUGUGGAAAAGCGAUUGGUCGUGGUAUCGAUCAAUAUGGUGGUACGCAACCUGGAUUUGUUAGCAAAUCAAAGAAAGCUUUAGUGGUCGAAUAUGCUAGUGGCGUAAUGUUAAUUCCAAAUUAUGAAGUUUUGGUUGCGGCUCAAGGUUAUAAUGCCUUAACUGAAAGUGAGACUUUAUUCAAGUGGAUUCCCUUAUCCGGAGUUCCUGAUCAAACUAAAUUCAAUUUUACUCCUUUGAGGGAUAAUAAGGAUGAAUUGUUUAUAGCCAGAGUUUGGGAUGACGGUAAAUGGGUUAUUGGUAAAGCGGGUAAUCCAUUGCCAGGAAUUCAUUAUGUUCUUUCUGGAUUUGCCAAAAUCGGACAAAACUAUGAAAUUUUAGCUAUUAAAUCGGGAAUUUUAUCUUAA